AUGGAGCUCGGUUCAGUGGUCAAAGGGCUCCCAAUCCCUUCCAAGGCUUCAUUUCGUCUCCAUGCCCUAUGUGUGUUCUUUGGCCUGGCAUCUUUCGUCUGGGGCUACAAUAUCGGUGUUAUGGGAACAAUAUACGUUCAUCCUGGAUUCAAGAAAGCUCUUAACAAGCCAGACGCCUCUAAAAAGGGCCUCAUUACCGCUAUAUAUUAUCUUGGGACGUGGAUUAGCUAUAUUUUUAUCUCUCACCCCAUUGCGGAUAUUUUGGGGCGAAGAUGGGCUGCUUUUACAGGAGUCUUUGUCACUUGUAUCGGGGCGGCCUUUCAAGCCGGGGCUAGACCUGGCUCAGGUGCCCUUGCCAUGAUGAUUAUCGGUCGUAUUAUCUGUGGGCUAGGACUUGCUGUUGUUUCUACAUCUGUGCCAUUAUACCAGAGUGAGAUUGCUCCUGCAAAACAACGAGGUCGAUAUGUCGUCAUGAACCAUGUUGGUCUGGUCGCCGGCCUUGCUGUCGCCUUCUGGGUCGGAUAUGCGUUUAGUGGCUGGACGACCUCUAACGGCAACUUCUAUGGAUGGAGGUUAUCUCUAAUGGUCCAAUAUAUUCCGGCAGUGAUAUUCUUUGUCGGCAUACCUUUUUGUCCAGAAACUCCACGCUGGCUUGUGCAGAAGGGUCAAAUACAUCAGGCUCAAAAAUCCCUCGCCUAUCUCAGAGAUGCCGAUCUCUCUAGUGAUAUUGUCACUAUGGAACUAGAGGAGAUUCGUGCCAGCGUCGAGGCGCAUAAAGCUGCUCCAGAAUCGAAGUGGACAUCACUUUUCACUCACCGGCCCUUAUUCAAUAGGCUCUGGCGAGCUGCGUUGCUCCAGUUUAUGGCACAGAUGUGUGGUAACACUUCCAUGAAGUAUUAUUUGCCAACCAUUUUUGCCUCCCUUGGAAUCGAACAUCGAUUAACGUUAUUGAUCGGCGGUAUUGAAAGCACACUAAAGAUUGGGUGCACAAUCAUCGACAUGGUGCUUAUUGACAGGGCAGGAAGGCGUUCGACGCUUAUCGUGGGCUGCGUAGUUAUGGCUAUCGCUUUACUGAUUAAUGGCGCACUCCCACUCGCAUAUCCUAAUAACGAGAACCGCGCUUCAGACUAUGCUUGUAUUGUGUUCAUAUUCUUCUAUACCUUCGGUUACUCCAUUGGCUUCGGACCUGCGGCUUGGGUCUAUGGCGCUGAAAUUUUCCCAACCAACCUCCGAGCCCGGGGUCUGAAUUUUGCGGCUUCGGGCGGCUCGAUCGGUUCCAUCAUUGUUGCCCAGGUCUGGCCUGUAGGCAUGGACACCAUCGGCUCAAAGACAUACUUCUUUUUCAUGGCAAUCAAUAUAAUUUCUGGAAUCAUCGUUUACUUUUUCUAUCCGGAAACGAAACGGAAAUCCCUUGAGGAAAUGGACGCCGUCUUCGGCGACCACCGCAUAGCCCACUUGCUUAAUCCGCCUGAAGAUACCACAUAUGAUAGCCCCACCGAAAAUAUCACAGUAAGGCCAAAGAAUAGCGGAGUGGGAACAUGA